AUGAGCAAAGAGCAAUGGAUGACAAACACACCCCCACACAUCAAAAUGCGUUUCAACUUUGUCGUCCUCGUACUCGCUGCUGUCAUGAUCUCUGCUGCCAACGCUGCACCAACGCCACAAGAAGUCGAAGUUGGAGCCGGUGAAAAACGUCAAUUCUGCAGAACCCGUUGUCCAGGAUGGUAA